GGGAGCUGGUGCAACACGGGAUUGGCGCGCUUGCAGACUUUUAAUCUAUUCGGGGUUAUCAGGCGGGUUAAUACCCGGUUUGGCCUGAGGAGCGCCGCCGCUUCGGUACAACAAUACGGCGUGCGGAGGGAGCUUCCUCGAACAUGAUCAGCCGCGAGACGGGAGAAGCAAGCAAAACAUUGCCACCAAUGGUGGCUUGUCAAUUUUCACUGAUUCGUGUGCAUUUAUAUGGUGGGAUUAUCUGUGCAACUUGGCUACUCAGGGCCUGGUCAUGGGAAUAUCUUCCUGCUGUUCAACUAUUAACACUUGCCCGGGCUAAUGGGUUCAUAAAAUUGACGACAUUCUCCGAAUCGUCGACCACAUUCUCCGAAUCAUCGACCACAUUCUCAGACGAGACUGAAAAUCACCCUCGCCUAAGAUGAGGGCCAAGAACGCCGCGGCGCUGGCUGCGAGCUGCCUCGCUGCCGUAGCCACCUGCCACGACGUCAACACUUCACCGGCUCCCCAAGCCGCAACCUUUUCCAACCCCGUGCUCUGGCAAGACUACCCGGACCUGGACGUGUUCCGCGUAGGCGACGUCUUCUAUUACUCAUCCUCGACCUUUGCCUACUCGCCCGGCGCGCCCGUGCUGCGGUCGUACGACCUGGUCAGCUGGGAGCCCGUGACGCACAGCGUCCCGCGGCUCAACUUUGGCGCCAAGUACGACCUCGGGCCCUCGUCCCAAGCCUACGUCAAGGGCAUCUGGGCGUCGAGCCUGCGGUACCGCGCGUCGACCGACACGUUCCACUGGCUAGGCUGCGUCGAGAGCAGCCGCACGUACAUCUGGACGGCCGCGGGCACCGCCGCCGGCCGCAACCGCGGUGCUGUGGCUAACGCCAACUGGAACUGGACCAGCCAUACUCCACCGCUCGCCUCGUGCUACUACGACGCCGGGCUGCUGGUCGACGAUGACGCCGCCGAGACGCUGUACGUGGCCUACGGCAACACGCGCAUCCGCGUCGCGCAGCUAUCCGCCGACGGCCUGGCCGAGGUCAAGUCGCAGGAGGUCUACGCCGCGGCCUUCACCGUCGAGGGCUCGCGCAUGUACAAGAUCAACGGGACGUACUAUAUCCUCGUCACGCGCCCCGCGGCCGCCGAGUACGUGCUCAAGUCCACUACCGGCCCGUUCGGCCCGUACCGCCUCGCGCCGAAGCCGCUAGUGUCGAGCAUCGCCGGGCCAUUGAGCAGCGCUGGCUACGCGCACCAGGGCUCCAUCGUCGACACGGUCGACGGGAAGUGGUACUACGUCGCGUUCCUCGACGCGUACCCCGGCGGCCGCAUCCCCGUCGUCGCGCCGCUGACCUGGACGCCCGACGGCUGGCCGCAGCUCGUCACGGAUUCUGCGGAUCGCUGGGGGGCCACGUACCCGCUUCCGGUCGUGAACAGUAGCUGGGCGAAAGCAGUGCCGUCGCCGCUCGGCACGGACGCGUUUGAGGGAUCCGCGCUGAGCCACGCCUGGGAGUGGAACCAUAAUCCGGAUGACGCCAGUGGCAGCGGCAGCGGCAACAAGGGAGGCGGGCUGGUGCUGCAGACGGCUUCCGUGACGACGGACCUGUUCGCGGCGCGCAACACGGUGACGCAGCGCAUCCUAGGCCCCAAGGCCGCCGGCACGUUCCGGCUCGACGCGCGGGGGAUGCGCGCCGGGGACCGCGCCGGCGCCGUCCUCUUCCGCGACCGCGCGGCCUAUAUUGGCGUGUGGGUUGACGACAAGAACAGCAGUGCGGCGCGGCUCGUCGUCGUCAGCAACCUGACGCUGGCGCAGGGCACAUGGGCGACGGCGUCCGCGGGGACGGUCGUGGCCACGGGGCCCGCGUUGGCGGCGGAUGUGCUGGGCGACGUGUGGCUGCGCGUUGACGCUGAUGUGACGCCUGCGUUUGGGACGAGUACCGAACGCACGGCUACGUUUGCGUAUAGCGUGGAUGGCGGGAAGAGUUUUGCGCGCCUGGGCCCGGCGGUGGCGAUGAGUAAUUCGUGGCAGUUCUUUUCUGGGUACCGGUUUGGUGUGUUCAAUCAUGCUACCCGCGCGCUUGGAGGUGAGGUUACUGUCAAGAGCUUUACUAUGAGCCAGUGACGGAAGGGUGAUUAGAGUGUGCAUAUUUGGGUUUGUGGGAUACAUUCGGGGUUGUGAUUAUAUAUUUAUUCUAUGCCGGUAUGAUAACAGAAUCCGUUGGGGUGAUGGUCAGUCGCACUAGCUGGCCCUACCACAGAAUCGUGUGAACGGAAGCUGGCCAGCCGUCACAGUAUUCUUCUAGUUCACAUAGAAUUACGUACCACGCCAACAAAACUUGAGAGAGCCGAGGCCACUAUUCGACCUAGUUUAGCGAGCUGGGCAACUCACCGCGUAAGCUACCGGUGGUCCCUAGGAGCCCAAGACCGGGACUAGAGCUUCCUUUGUUUGGGUUCCUUUCUCCCCCUUCUCAACCCUUAUUCCAG